AUGGAAGAUGCCAUGAUGAGGUCAAGCCCGACCCCAGAACCGGUUCUUGGGAAGCGAACGCGUCAAGUUGAUGGUUCAACAGAUGGUAAUGAUACUGAACCUGAUGACGGACCCCCUUCGACAACACAGCCUCAAUCAUUGCCUUCCAUUAGCAAUGUAGCAGCUGCGACUCUAUGUUAUGUAUCGAAGAAGAAGCUUCGUCCCGAGCAACGUGAUGAGGUAGAUGCCUUCUUGUUGGACACGGUGCUUGGACGACAGGCCAAGUUAUUUGCAUGCAUCCUGUCCUUAGAAAACAAAAUCGAUACUUUCCGAUCAGCUGCACCACCCUACCAAUUAUCUGACGAGCUUAAAACCAAUAUCACUAACUAUGGCAUAGCCGUCUUGCUUUCCAUCAAUGUCAGUGCUUAUAAGGGCGACAUCCCUCGUAACCAUGUUCUUGAUAUUCUCAAGAGGUAUCGUUUUGAUUUGCCAGCGGGCAUUGAGCACGAUUAUGCCAACUGGGAGAAGAUAUCAAUGUUUGUCGGUUAUUCACUAACUCAAACCCGCGCCAGAGUGAAGAAAUUGAUUAAAGACAGUAUAAAGGCAAAUACCAAUAUAUUUUCGCUUGCGCAGAUGAUUGUUCACUCCACGCCUUGUCGCACGACGAUCCAGCUGUGCUCCCGUGUUGCGCUCAUGCGUGCGGUUCACGCCGAAUGCAAUGGUGGCGAAAAAUUUUGGAAUCUGACCGAUGCACGCCUUGAAUUUAUCCGAACAAGAGCAGGAUCCUCGGCCUCUAAAACAGCGAGGGCAUUCAAUGAAAUCCUGAAGAUUGAUCGAGCUACAUACGGUGCGGCAGAAGAAUAUGUGAUUGGGGAUACUGUUCCCGAUGAGUGGCAGCAGCGCGUUGAUGAUUGGCCGAAGGGUGGCCCAGGUGGUGGGCAAUUCCAAGAAUACAAUGAUCUUAUCAUUGUUCGACAUCCUCGACUGAUUGGGGCCUUCGCUGCCAUCGACGGAUUGAAUCUUCCUGUCCAAACAUCGGAGGAUGAAGAUAUUGAGAAUGCUACCUACAACGGGUGGCUCUCAGAGCAUUUUGUCAGCUCAGUACUUGUGUUCUCACCGAAAGGCAAGAACAUCAAUGCUAUUGUAACUUCAUUCACUGAUAAUAUCUUAGGUGAAAUCAUUGAUGCUGUUGUAAAUGCACCAGGCAGUUGGCACGAUGCUAAUGUUGCUCGUCCUAUUUUUGAAUGGCUUCGCACACGAACACCACCUGGAUACUACCUCAUUGCUGACACAGCAUUUCCUCGUGGAACACAAUCCAUUGCAGGACGCAUUCGCGCCCCACUCAAGGCUGGCCAGGCUGUGCAAGGUACGCCAGACGAGAUUGCGGAGCGAAUGGCCUAUGACCAUGAGCUUCUCUCAUAUCGGCAAACAGCCGAGUGGGGAAAUCGAGGUCUUCAAGGAGCAUUUGGUCGUCUCCGUGUUCCACUUCCCAUUGACAAUGCAGAACGUCGAGGAAAUCUCCUUGAGAUCUGCAAUCGCCUCAAUAAUCUGCGCACAAGACGAGUGGGAAUCAAUCAGAUCUGGACUGUAUACAUGCGAUACUGGCAGGACACAGCUGAGGACAUUGAUAUCUGGCAGAACUUUGAGAAUAUGCUCUUCUCAGAUCAACGAAAGAACGAUAGAGUUGCUCACUUCCAUACUUACGCAGAAUACACGUAA